GUCCUCCCGUCGCUAGAGGUCGCAGCGGCCUGUCGGUCCUCCCGCCGCUCUAUCUGCGGAGGGAAAAGGCCUGGGUUUGGUUUCGGGUGGCGUUAUCUCUGGUUGGGUUAGUGGGUGCUCGGUGAAGACACGGAGAUGCCGCUGGGUUUGAAGCCGUCCUGCAGUGUGUGCAAGGCCAAUUCCUCGGCCAUGUGGAGGAAGGGCAGUCAGGGUGAGAUCGUCUGCAACAACUGCGCCGGCAAAAGUCCCGGACCUGGCUCGGUCUCCGGCUCAACUUCGGGCCCUGGAGCAGCCCCGGCUGCUCAGCAGAGCAACGGCGGGAGUGGCGGCGGCAGCGGCGGCGGCAGCAGCAGCAAACAGGCAAAGCAAGAAAUCCACAGGCGCUCUGCAAGGUUACGGAACACAAAAUACAGGUCUAUGCCCCCUGCUGAAAAGAAAGUUUCUACUAAAGGAAAGGGACGUAGACAUAUAUUCAAAUUAAAAAACCCAAUUAAAGCACCAAAAUCUGUGUCUACGAUAAUCACAUCUGAAUCCAUUUUCUAUGGGGGUAUAUAUUAUCAAGUUGGAGAUAUAGUCUCCGUUGUAGAUGAAGAUGAUGAAAAGCUUUACUACGCUCAGAUCCGAGGAUUUGUGCAGGAUCAAUACUGUGAGAAGAGUGCAGUGAUUACAUGGCUUAUCCCAACUCAGGCAAGCUCCAAAGACCAGUUUGACGCAGCAACUUUUAUACUUGGACCAGAGGAAGACCUACCGAGAAAAAUGGAGCAUUUUGAAUUUAUCUGUCAUGCACCUUCUGAAUACUUCAAAUCACGAUCUACUCCAUUUCCAGUUAUUCCAACCAGACCUGAGAAAGGGUAUAUCUGGACCCGUGUUGGACCAACCCCUGCAAUAACGGUGAAAGAAUCGAUAGGGAACAGUUUAUAGCCAAGACACCAAAUCUAUCUUAAAAAUGAGUUUGUAUUUAGCAAUAUAACUGAACCUUAGCCUGAUUAAAAGGUGAGCUGUUGUAAACUAUUUUAACAUGUUUUAUGUGUUCACAACAUUUUAACUUCAUAGAGUUCAAAACUAUGUUGGUCUGAGGUUUAUGGCUUCCAAAAAUUCAGUUUAAUGGCUGACAAGUUUGUGAAAAUUAGAAUGGCAAAAUCUAUUUUUUGACAUGAGGCUGCUGGAACUUCUGCAGAACAUUGGGCAUCUUUUUCAGUAUAAAUGAGGUGCUGUAUCUGUAAAUUAUUAAGCAUAUUCUGUACACCUGUACAUUGUGCCACUUUUAGAUCCAAGUCAAUAAGUGGACCAAAUACAUGACUCAAUCCCGCAGUAAACGGAUUUGCAGAUGGUGGCAUUAUGAAUCUAAUUUUAUACAUUAAAUAAAAGUAUUGCAAAUUAAA